CUCCCUCUCUGAACCCCAAGCCUCUUCCCCCACGCCUCUUUUCUCUUGCUCCAACCACUCCACCCGCCACCAUGAUCCCCGUUCCCCAGGCAACCGAGCUCAAGGACCUCUUCAGCCUCAAGGGCAAGGUCGUCAUCGUCACCGGCGCUUCUGGCGCCACGGGCAUUGGCACAGAGGCCGCCCGCGGAUGCGCCGAGUUUGGCGCCGACCUUGCCAUCACCUACAACUCUCGCGCCGAGGGCGCUGAGAAGAAUGCAAAGGAGAUGAGCGACAAGUACGGCGUCAAGGUCAAGGCCUACAAGUGCCAGGUCGGCGACUAUGCCCAGUGCGAGAAGCUCGUCGCCGAUGUCGUCAAGGACUUUGGCAAGGUCGACGUCUUCAUUGCCAAUGCCGGCAAGACUGCCGACAACGGUAUCCUCGACGCCACCGUGGAGCAGUGGAACGAGGUUGUCGAGACGGACCUGACUGGCACCUUCAACUGCGCCCGCGCCGUUGGCCUGCACUUCCGCGAGCGCAAGACUGGCUCCCUCAUCAUCACCUCUUCCAUGUCGGGCCACAUUGCCAACUUCCCCCAGGAGCAGACCUCAUACAACGUCGCCAAGGCCGGCUGCAUCCACUUGGCCAAGUCGCUCGCCAACGAGUGGAGGGACUUUGCCCGUGUCAACUCCAUCUCCCCUGGAUACAUUGACACUGGUCUGUCCGACUUUGUUCCCCAGGACAUCCAGAAGCUGUGGCACUCCAUGAUCCCCAUGGGCCGUGACGCAAAGGCGACCGAGCUCAAGGGUGCCUACGUCUACUUUGCCUCUGACGCUUCUUCCUACUGCACUGGUUCCGAUCUCCUCAUCGACGGCGGCUACUGCGUCAGGUAAAUGUCUCGCUCAUGGCGAGUAUACGAAGGAAUGAACAAAAAGAUACCACCACGUGCCGGAAGCUCUGCAAGACUGUAUCUAAUAUCGUAACAUCAAUAAAGCUUCGCAGGUUUAUAUGACGU